AUGGCGGCGAUGGCGCUCUUCUCCAAGCUCGGCGCUUUGGCGGCAUUAGGGAUCGCGCUCUUCAUCAUCAGCUCUAAGAUCGUGGCGCUCUUCCAGGUCGGCGACUUGGCGGCGAUGCCGUGUGGCCUGCCCGUUCUCGGCGUUCUCUGUCCCGCAGCGAUCUUGCUCUACACCAAGAUUAAGAUUUCCUGGCGGGAGAGCGUCGGAAUCCCCUUGGAGACCCUGGCGAUGGCAUAUUUCCUCUCUAGCAUCACGGACAGGGCUUCUAUGGCAGUUCUUGCGGCUUUCUGCAGCUCAAUGGCAUCCACGAUCUUCCUCCUCCAUUCUGUCGUUCCGAAUUGGAUGAUCGACCCGCUCUUUAGUGUGAUCCAGCAUGUCUCGAUCGAGAGAGAACUUCCUUGCCCGUUUAUCAUCACUGGGAAGACCAUCCUGGUAGACAUGGCCGAAGGAGCUCAACGCGAUCUCAUCGACAUUCUCGGAGAGCAGCGGCCAGCGAUGGUUCUCAAACGGGAUGAUCGAUAUCCCAUUACGAGAGGCUCGACCCCCUCCCACGUCGAUCUCUUCCUCUACGUUGCCUCCGAUGAGUUGCUGCACAACUAUGACGCACUUACACAACAGACUCGGGCGGCCUACUUAGCUGCAAAGGUUUCCAAGCCUGUGGACGCGUUUGUCGUCGUCGGGAAGGAAAAAGAGGUCAGUCAUAUAGAUUUAUGA